AUCGGUCUCUUUAAAAGACCGUAAUAAGCUCCCGUCUACUAGCAUCAGCCACACCAGACUUGGAGAUAACAGUAGGACCAACGAGGAGUCGAGAGGGCUUUGAGCUGAAAGACUCGGACCCGGUGGGGAUCCACGAGAGACGAGCACGGCUCACCUCAUCUACCUACGCAGGAUCACCGAGGCGCACGUUAACGAUAAGGAUUGGGCGCGCUUUGUGUGACCGGAUAGAUAUAAGACCCCGAGGCUGACCAACGUCUUAGGGCUUCGAUAGUUCCUCUUGGGAUGUAUUAGUAAAAGACGUAGUCCGCGGUGAUUUAAUUGCUGUACUCAAGGAGAGAGAGUAACUUUCCAUGCACACAUACGAUUGAGUCUUGCGUAGAGGGAUUUUGGAUCCUUGAGUCUCCCUUUCGUCCCAAAGCCCAUAUAUCGCUUUCACUCUUGCAUAUCGAAAGCUAUUACCGUUAAUAAAUAACGCUUCUGGGAGCGAGGUAUAUCUGGUGAGCCAGUUACCUGAGCACACCAAGGGCUUGAAGACUGCCAAAAUGGAGAAACGACCCUAUCAUGAAUCGGAGGGCGAUCCGAGCGGAGCGUCCUACUACUCUGCUAUCGUUUCCCCUAUCUCUCAAAAUGCAGAUGAUAACUCGUGGCAUACCAAGACCGAAUAUCAAGAUGACUACCGACAACGAAGGCCGACUUCUCAGGCCCUACUCGAGGAAGUACAAGAGCUUCGCCAGAUGGUAGCAGAGCUAUCUUCGAGACUCAACUCCGCACCGCCCAAUGGUCCAAAUAAUAUCAACCGCAUUUCCAGCAUCGUCGAGGAACCCGGGGAGAACACCUUAGAUCCGCAGCACGAGGACUUCGACAUGCGAAAAUGGCUACAGAUGUUUAACAAGGGUCUCGAAGAGCAAGGUCACAAGGGCCUUCGCACUGGUGUGGUGUUCAAAUCUCUCAGCAUAUCAGGAUCCGGCGAGCCAGUACGCUUUCAAGAGACAGUCACGGAUAUUCUAAUGGCGCCCUUGAAACUCGGAAAGCUAUUUUCACACGAAAGGACGAAGGAGAGGAAGAUUUUGCACAGCUUCAAUGGUCUAGUCAGGAGCGGGGAACUACUGCUCGUCUUGGGCCGUCCCGGUUCGGGAUGCAGCACGUUACUGAAGGCUCUUUGCGGAGAGCUUCAUAGCUUACACGUUCACGACAAGUCUGUUAUUCACUACGACGGCAUACCACAGGACAAGAUGGUGAAUGAGUUUAAGGGGGAGGUGACAUACAACCAGGAAGUCGACAAGCAUUUCCCUCAUCUCACAGUUGGGCAAACGCUGGAGUUCGCUGCCGCGUGUCGCACACCGUCUACCAGAAUUAACGGGAUGUCCCGGAACGAGUUCUGCCAACACGUCGUACGGAUUGUUAUGGCCGUGUGCGGCCUAUCUCAUACGUACGACACUAGAGUCGGCAACGACUUCAUCCGAGGUGUCUCUGGUGGCGAAAGGAAGCGAGUUAGCAUAGCUGAAAUGAUGCUGGCUGGGUCCUCAAUAUCAGCAUGGGACAAUAGUACGCGAGGACUUGAUUCGGCUACAGCGCUCAAAUUCGUCCAGAGCCUACGACUAGCAUCAGACAUAGGCGGCAGCGCGAAUGCGGUAGCCAUCUACCAAGCUAGUCAAGCCAUCUACGAAGAGUUUGAUCGAGUAACGGUUCUGUACGAUGGAAGGCAGAUAUACUUCGGCCCCGCCAAUGAAGCCAAAGACUUCUUUGAAAGACAGGGCUGGUACUGCCCGCCGCGCCAGACGACAGGCGACUUCCUCACCGCCGUGACCAACCCCGGGGAGCGUAAAGCCCGGCGCGGGAUGGAGGACCAGGUCCCUCGAACGGCCCAAGAAUUCCAGCAGUACUGGCGCAAUUCCCCCGAGUUCAAGGAGUUGAACCGCGAGAUCGCGCAGUACCAGCGCCAGUCGCGCAUCGUCAGGAGCAACGAAGUCAUCACGGACCUGCGGAGCGCGAAGAACUUCAUGCAGGCCAAACACGUCCGCCCCAAGUCGCCGUACACCAUCAGCCUGCCCAUGCAGGUCCGGCUCACGACCAAGAGGGCAUACCAGCGCAUCUGGAACGACAAGUCGGCGACGGCCUCGCAGGCCAUGCUGAACAUCGUAGUCGCCCUCAUCGUAGGAUCGGUCUUCUACGGGACGGCGGAUAACACGAGCACCUUCAAAGCGAGAGGAUCUGUCCUGUUUCUUGCUGUUCUCAUCAACGCCCUGUCUUCCAUCUCCGAGAUCGUCAGUCUAUAUUCCCAACGGCCUAUUGUAGAAAAGCACGCCUCGUAUGCCUUCUAUCAUCCAGCGACCGAAGCUAUCGCGGGGAUAGUGGCCGAUAUACCCAUCAAAUUCACGCUCGCGGUUGCUUUCAAUAUCGUCUUAUAUUUCCUCGCAGGACUACGUCGAGAUGCCGGCCCGUUUUUCUUGUACUUCCUUAUCACGUUUAUGCUCACCUUCGUCAUGAGCGGUAUCUUCCGAACUAUGGCGGCCGUCACGAGAACCGUCUCACAAGCGAUGUCCCUGGCUGGUAUUAUGGUACUUGUCCUAGUGAUAUACGCCGGGUUCGCCAUCGCCGUUCCUCAGAUGGGCGCAUGGUUUGGCUGGCUCCGCUGGCUUAACCCCGUGUUCUACGCCUUCGAGAUCCUGAUCGCGAACGAAUUCCACCACCGGAAUUUCGCCUGCAGCUCAUUCAUUCCUGAUUACCUCCCAAGGUCCGGUAGUUCGUUUAUCUGCUCUGCUGUCGGCGCCCACGCCGGAAACACAACUGUCAGCGGCGACGAUUACAUAGCGGAUAGUUACGAGUAUUCCUACGCGCACGUCUGGCGGAACUUCGGUAUCUUAAUCGCGUUUCUUAUAUUUUUCCUGUUUACGUACGUCAUGGCGACGGAGCUCAACUCGUCUUCCGGCAGCACCGCGCUCGUCCUCGUUUUCAGAAGAGGACGCCGCUUCGGAGGCCAGUCUGAUCAAAAACGCGAGCAGGAAGUAUUGGACGUACAGUCUUCGGCGGAUUCUCUUAUAACAGACAUGGCCGUUCCUUCAGAGCACAAGAUUAUGGGGAUUGAACCGCAGAGAGACAUAUUCACGUGGAGAGAUGUAGUGUACGAUAUCGAAAUCAAGGGCAAUACUCGCAGGCUACUCGACAACGUUGCAGGCUGGGCGAAGCCAGGAACGCUUACAGCCCUCAUGGGUGUGUCCGGCGCAGGGAAGACGACUCUCUUGGACGUGUUGGCGCAGCGGACUACCAUGGGUGUGAUCACCGGGGAUAUGCUAGUCAACGGCAAGCCCUUAACUCGUAGUUUCCAACGCAACACCGGAUACGUCCAACAACAAGAUCUCCACCUCGAAACCGCCACCGUCCGCGAAAGCCUCCGCUUCAGCGCCGAGCUCCGCCAACCGCGGCACAUCAGCAAAGCGGAAAAAUACGCCUUCGUCGAAGAAGUGAUCACGAUGCUCAGCAUGGAGGACUUCGCCGACGCCGUCGUCGGCGUGCCGGGCGAGGGUCUCAACGUCGAGCAGCGCAAGCUCCUCAGCAUCGGCGUCGAGCUCGCCGCGAAGCCGAAACUGCUGCUCUUCCUCGACGAGCCCACGUCGGGCCUCGACUCACAGAGCUCGUGGGCCAUCUGCUCGUUCCUGCGCAAGCUGGCGGACUCGGGCCAGGCCGUGCUGUGCACUAUCCAUCAGCCCAGCGCCCUCCUGUUUCAGCAAUUCGAUCGCCUGCUCUUCCUAGCGAGGGGUGGUAGGACCAUUUACUUCGGCGACAUUGGCCCGAAUUCGCGCACCAUGCUCGAUUACUUCGAGGUUAGGGGCGCGCGGCCUUGCGAUGACCAGGAGAACCCUGCCGAGUACAUGCUCGAGGUCGUGAACAAGGGCGUCAACGACCGCGGCGAAGACUGGCAUGAGCUGUGGAAAGCGAGCCAGGAACGACAUGCCGUUAACAUGGAGAUCGAUCAGAUCCAUGCGUCGAAAGCUAACCAGAUGUCGGGUGCUGGAAGAGACCAUGAUGAUCAGGGCGAGUUCGCUGCAUCCUUCCUAACUCAACUUAAGGUUGUCACAUACAGAAUCUUCCAGCAGUACUGGCGGAUGCCCAGCUACAUCGGCGCGAAAUGGGGACUUGCCACUGCCGCGGGAAUAUUCAUCGGCUUCUCCUUCUGGAAGGCAAAGAACACUCAGGCCGGAAUGUCGAAUGUGAUGUUCGGCGUGUUUAUGAUAGCGACUCUAUUCUCUCCUUUUGUCCAACAGAUCCAACCCCUAUUCACAACCCAACGUUCCCUCUACGAAGUCCGCGAGCGCCCCUCCAAAGCGUACUCCUGGCAAUCCUUCCUAAUAGCCAACACCAUCGUCGAGCUACCCUACCAAGUCCUCGCCGGCAUCAUCGUCUUCGCCGCCGUAUACUACCCGAUCACGGGGAUCCAGUCCUCGGACCGGCAAGGCCUGGUCCUGCUCUUCAUAAUCCAAUUCUUCCUCUACAGCAGCACAUUCUCGCACAUGACCGUCGCCGCUUUGCCCAACGCCGAGACGGCCGGCGCCCUCGUCACUCUCUUGGUAUUAAUGAGCCUCAUCUUCUGCGGCGUCUUCCAGACCCCGGACGCGCUGCCCGGCUUCUGGAUCUUCAUGUACCGCCUCUCGCCCUUCACGUACUGGAUCGGCGGCAUCGUCGGCACGCAGCUGCACGAUCGGCCGGUAGACUGCUCGCCGGCCGAGACCUCGGUCUUCGACCCGCCGGCCGGCAUGUCCUGCCAGUCGUACAUGGCGCCCUUCCUCGAGAACGCGCUCGGCUCCCUGCAAAACAAGGACGCUAUGACGGCGUGCCGGUACUGCAGCCUCUCGAACGCGGACCAGUUCCUCGCGCCGAGCGGCAUCUCCUGGGACGACCGGUGGAGGGAUUUCGGGCUCGUCUGGGUUUACAUCGUGUUUAAUGUUUUUGUGACCGUCGUCACGUACUAUCUCUUCCGCGUGGCCCGGUGGGGGAGGAAGUAGGAGGUUAGGUUAGGUUAGGUGCAUAGGUACAUAAGCGCAAACACAUCCAUAGCAUGGCAUUCACGAUUUAGGAGGAGUUAUUUGGAAUUACAUUUUUACUUGUUUAUUAUCUACCUAAUUUGAAAAAAGUUAUAGAGGCUGGCUCGGUUUAAUACAGGUAGAUCGGGUACCCAGAUAGAUCAACGGAAUGAGAAACGCUCGAUAGCGGUAUGUUUAAUGAAAAUUUUGAAUCGCGUAUGCUUCCCAGGUACUAACUAAUUCGUGUUUGUGUCUAAUGUAGAUAUCGCAAAAGUAAUCAAGCGCUCAUGAGACAAGGAUACGACGGAGUUUGUUGAUUUAGGUACUUUAGGUACAGGCUGCUGUACAAAGUCACACCGUUGAGGCUGGGUUCCAUCCAAUGUUCUAGAUGUCCGGUUUGUAGAGAUAAGGAGCAUAAGCAAGAGACAAACAUGUGGACAAUUAUUUCCGCCAAGCUGAUCCUCAACACACUGGCACCAUGCUUAUCUCAUCUACGUUCGGUGAUUUUAUGGAUAACGUCAGAGUGUGGAAUCGCUAGAUGCACCACGCGUACCUACGACCACCGGCCCGGUAAGAGUAACAGUUCUGUUGGGGCGGACAACGUCCUUGUGUACACCACCACAAGAUCAGCACGGAGUGUAAC